ACAGGGGGCGGUGGAGCUCGCCUCGCCGCCCAGCUGUUGUGAGGUGGUCAAAAAGGCUCUUCCCUGCCUCUGGGCAGCCGCUGUCGCCGUGGUGUGAGUCGUUCUCUGCUUGUUUUUGUCUCCCCUUCCAGUGCAGACACGGGCGAGCAGGGGCAACUCAUGGAGGUGCUGCAGAAGGAGGUGAGGUCGCUGCUGAUGGCUGCCAAGCAGGGCUUGAGCCCGGAGCAGCUGGAGCAGGAGUACGCGGCCAUGGUCGGCAGGCCUCUCCCCCUGCGUGACCUGGGCUUCCGAUCCACCAUGGAGCUGGUGGCAGAAAUGCCCAAAGUUGUCAGAGUCUGUCCCAAUGGCAAAGGCAGCGUUGUCCUCAAAGCUAUUGCAGAUGAGACCACCAAAGAGAUUUCCAAACUGAUUGCCAAACAGAGAAUAAGCAGUAAGGCACGGAGUGCUGCGAAGAAAGCAAGUGCAUCUGCCUUCAGGAAGCAGCGGAGUUUCUCUCUCAGGGGCAGGACUCCUGCCCUGCCAGCAGCAGUGAAGAAUGAGCUCCAGGAGCUGCUGAGUUCCUCACCACUUCUGCUCUUGGACUUCAAUAAUGCGUACUCCAGACGCUUUGGGCGGACGUUUCAGUACACGCAGUAUGGGUUUCUCUCCAUGUUUGAAGUCCUCAGAAGCGUAUCGGAUAUCAUUGUGGUUAAGCAGACAAGAGGAGGUUCCUUGUUAACCCUCAAGGAGAGCUCAUCAAGUGAGAUGGAGCAGGAAAAGAUGCCACAAGCCCCUGCAGUUGAGAUGCCUCCUUUGGAAUCCAGCUGUGAGACAGAGAGCUUCUAUCAGACAGCAGAAGAAAAGUCAGAGCCACUGGAAACACAAGCAGUACAUUUUGGUGAUCACCUAAAACAACCUCAAGAUUUGGAGCAGUCCCUGCUAGACGAGAUGAUGGUGACGCCAGAAAUCCCUCCAGACGCUGUUCAGGACCGAAGCCUUUGCAGUUUGCCACCGCUUGAGAGAAGGUGCUUGGUGGGAGUCUUUGUGGAAUUCAUCGUCUCUCCCAGCCAGUUCUACAUCCGCAUCUGCAGCAAGGAAACAUCUGAUAAGCUGCAGCAUCUGAUGAUGGAGAUGAGACGCUGUUAUUCGAAUAAACUUGUUUCUGAUCGUUAUAUCAUGCCUGAGUCUUCAGUGCAGCCUGGACAGCUUUGCUGUGUAAUGAUCUCGAAAUGGUGGUACCGGGUUGUCAUCCACCGUGUCGUCAGUGACCAGGAAGUGGAGGUGUUCUACCCAGACUAUGGAAACAUAGGCAUUGUCCAAAAGUCUUGGCUGAGGUUCCUCAAGUGGUGCUACUUGAAGCUCCCUGCUCAGGCCGUCCCGUGUUCCUUGGCAUGGGUGAAACCCAUGGAGGGUACGUGGACCAGUGCAGCAACUCUCCAAUUCCAGAAGCUCUGUGUCUCAAAGCUACUUGUGGGCAUUGUGGAUGAAUACGUGAAUGGCAUUUUGCAUCUCUUCCUGUGCGACACAUCCUCUGAGGAGGAUGUCUACUUUCACUGUGUCUUGAGGGACUGGGGAUAUGCAGACGUCUGCGGAGAGAACAUUCCUUCCCAGGGAUUCAAGGAGCUGAAUCUGUCAGCCUUGUAUACUCAACCCAGUGCUAAGCAGGAGGAUGCUGAGCUGGUGGAGCCAGACCUUUGCUUGCAGCAGGGAUCUCUGGAUGCAGACAAGGAAACAUCAAGCUCGAGGCUGGACGGGGAUGAGCUGUGUGACCAGCAGUGCCAUUCCUCUACUGAGGAGGGAUGGGAAGAUGUGCAGCCACUUCCAGAUGAAGUAAAUGUUGCAGGAACAACAGAUCAAGACCCUGAAUUCGUACAGGAAGAUAGAAAUGAAACUCCCACAGAGCUUAUGGCAGUAGUUAAGACACCUCAUCUUCUUGAAGAGUCCUCAAAGCCUGCCGUUGUCUUCAAGUCACUGGAAGACUUUUACAACUCCUUCGUCUACGCCAAGCAACCAGCAGACGUGAGCCAAGAUGACCCUAAUAAGAUAGAAGGAUUUUCCAGCAAGACUGAGCUUCAUGAAGCUCUACAUCCUUCUGUUCUACUUAUGGCAGCACCGUUUAUGCUGGACAACCGUAACAAUGACGAGAAAAUGAAGACCAAAGACCUUCCGGGGAGUCUCACACUUGCCCCGUGCAGUGCCAGUGGGCUGUCCGACCAGGGGACAUCGUGGAAACUCUGUGUCCCUCCUACCACGCUGUCUGCAGUGCUGGCAGCUGCAACACGCUUGGCCACUUCCCAUGGCUACUUCCAGUGGCUCCCAAGCCUGAGAAAGGAGCUGUGAGAAGAGGGGAGAGCUGGAGCUGCUGCUGAGGAAGGCUGUGGGGAGCAGCACAACAUGACCAUGCUGUCACUCUUAAUUCAGAAGCGUUUAAUCCUUUGAAAAAACUUGAGUCUGACAUCUUUUCAGAUGCGCCCAGUGCCUGUGAUGCAUGUUGCUUUUACUUUCAGGGAAACAGGCUGUUUUUCUUGUGCUGGUGUUGUACUGUUUUAUUGCUCUUUAAUGGCUUGGAAAAACGUCUCCGUAUCACGUUUUGUUUUGUCCACUGACAUGAGGAGGGGGGAACUGGAAACACAUUCCUCACUUGGUGCAUGGGGCGUUUUAUCAUUGUGUGUACAGGGGUUGGUUGUGUUUUGUUUUUAUCACAGUGGGUGCUCUUGCACAAUCCUUGCUGUUAGGAGAGGUGGUUGUACACCAGCUCAGGCCUCGGUCUGUUGAAGUGCCGCUAACCUCCAAGAAACCUCCUUCCUUAAGACAAAGACACCUGUGGAUGAAUUAGGAUGCAACGAAUACGAAGCCUCAGGAAUCCCAUUUUACAGAUAUCAAAUGAGGUCUAUAAAGAAGACAGCGAGAGGAGAAGCUGGAUGUGUUGGCUUCUUCAGCCAUGACUGCUGUUUUAGACUGGCCUCUGUAGCCUCUCUGUUUCAGGGCCUUCAGUGAUUUUUAACAGAGCAAUAAUAUCAUUGGUGUCCGGCAUGAGUAAUAUUUUGCAUAUAAUGUCUGGGGAGGGAGGGAGAUGCUGAGACUACCUGGCCUCCGAAAGCAUUUGUGGCUUUCAUGCAAAGACAACCUUCAGCCCAGGACCGUGUCAUCCUGCAGGGUGGUUCACAGCGCGUGGGCUGAGCACAGUUCACACUGACAUCGUGCAAGCAGAGCGUUUGUGGAAGGCCACGGAGAGGAAAGUGAGCUAUGGCACUUCUUGUGGCUGGCAGGGGCUUCCUUUUUGGGGAAUAAAGUGCCCUGGGCAGGGCUCUGUGCAGCUUAGGCCUGGGAGAGUUGUCCCUGAGAACCAAUGAAGGAAAGAUGACUGUUUUGUUUGAAUUUCAGCAUUUAGGGGUGGUUUGGGAUGUGGAUAGGGCUAAAACUGUACAGAGCAAGAUAAAGACAAGCUGUUUCUUGUUAGGAAACAACUGGACAGAGAGCUAAUGAAGCAGAGAGGUUGAGAGCCCCAGGGGUUAUGCUGUGAGCAGCGGAUGUACAACCCUGCGGGGAGAAGUCAGAAGUUGCCGGACAUUUCUGGUCCUGUGUUACGGCCACGGGGCUGUACCAGAUGUAUUUGCCUCCUAAUGUAGGGAAGGAUGAAACAGCUGAGCUUGCGCAAAGUUCUCCGGGCAAUGGAGUUGGCUAGAUUUGAGUGCUUUUUACCUUUGUUUUUCUGCUCGCUGCAACUGAAUAAAAGUUCUCAAAUGGGAA